AACGAAAAAAGGGUAUUGUAAGAAAUAACGCGAUUUUAGUAUUUGUGUGGUGCUUAUUAGUGUGUAAAAAAUGGAUAAAACUGGAGUUGACAUUUAGCGCCACCUAUAAAUAUUAAUGUGACAGGUUGACAGCCGGUUGACAUUUUUGACAGCCAAGUGACAGCCGUAAAUAAAAUGACUUCGAACGCCAGGGCGUUCACUCAAAAAUUAUCCAAGCACCAUGCCGCGGAUGUCCGUCGAAAUGUAGCCUGUCACAAAGGGGGCAUAAUAUCGCCUUCCUCUUCCUCUAGCUGGACAAACGAUGUAGUGGACCCAAUCGAUUUUGAAGAGUUUUUAAGUCAAUACCAAAAUUUAAUUGAUCGAGACCCCCUUCGGUCAAUUCUAGAUGUGCCUCAUGGUGAUGUAGAAGUUGAUGUAAUUGAAAGACCCAUAAGAACGCUUAACCCGAUUUUACCAGAAGAGAAACUUGAAACUUUACCACCCCAUGUAGAAGGUUGUGUUGAGUGCUACACUUCCAACUGGAAAGUAGUUAGAUACAAUCACAGGAAUCUCAGCAGUAGCGUUGCAAGCAGGACAAAUUUAUCCAAAAGUUUACAGCCUAGCCCCAAACAGGAAUUCGAAAUAGACUUUCAGCCCAGUAAUUUUGACACUACUAGUGAAUCUGAUUUAACUUCCAUAUCUAGCAGUAGCCGCCAAAGUAUCGCAUCUUUAGUGUCAGUGUCAUCUUGUGGUGAUACUUUAACACCUAGAAAUUCAUGGGCUUCUCUUGAUUUGCGACAUUCCGCGGGAGAUCCGCUGAUAUCUGAAAUCUUAGAACAAAAUGCGCCUGAGGCAUUAGAUCAAUUAAACGAAAGUCGGCGUCAGAUUGAAAGACAAGAUGCUUUAUUUGCAAUGUGUUCAGGUCCUGAGAGGGACACAGGUGAGUCUAUUGAGAGAAGGAUGCCUGCAGCGCCCCCUACCGAGCCUUUGGGUCACAGGAUAUUGGUGAAGUGCCAUCAAUUAACGUUGGAUUUGGAAGUAGAACCACUAUUUGCCUCCAUGGCAUUAUACGACUCAAAAGAACGUAAAAAAUUGUCAGAAACAUUUUAUUUUGACUUAAAUCCAGAAGGUCUAAAACGUAUGUUAGGAGGCCACGUGCCUUACAGUGACACUAGUACACUUGCUAGAGGUUGCAUUUUCAAUAUUUCAAAUCCUUCUCCAGAUCUAUUUUUGGUGGUUAGAUUAGAAAAAGUUCUUCAGGGUGACUUAAGUGAGUGCGUGGAACCAUAUAUGAAAGAGGAACGGAACCGUGAUAAACUGAAAGCAAAUGCGGUAGCUGUGUGCGAACGUUUAGGCAAAUAUAGACAAGCAUUUGCUUGGACUGGAAUUUAUUUAAUGAACGUAAUUAACGGAGGAAAUUCUUUGGAAAGAGAUUCCGAUAGAGACUCCUUUAGUUCUAGCUCCACGACAAAUAGUUUAGACCGAAAAUUGGGUAGUAGUAGCUUAGAACAGCUACGCAGAAGAGCCACAGACAUGGGGAGCUUAACACGCCGAGGUUCUCUAGAGCGAAGAACAGACAAACGACGUUCAUGGUCACCCGAUCACUUAGCCUCGACUCUCGAGUCAUUUCGGCCUAUAACUCUCACAGUUUCUUCGUUUUUCAAACAAGAAGGUGAAAAAUUACGCGACGAGGAUCUCUACAAGUGCCUUCAUGAAUUAAAAAAACCAACGACGAUACUUAAGAAACUGAAAUGUAUUCCUGCCACUUUAAAAUUAGAGAUAGCACCGUGCCCCGGCGAAUACAAAAAUUGUUUGACAACAGAACUGGUCAAACUUUAUCCGUAUCCAGACGAUAAAAGUAGACCAGUCAAAGAAUUGCUAGAAUUCUCGAUGAAAGAACUGCUUGUGCCGCACUACAAUUACCGAAAUUUGUUGUUCGUCAGUCCAAAAGAGUUAAAUUUUUCGAAUCGGGCCGGCUCGGCACGGAAUCUUACAGUCAAAGUGCAAUUAAUGGCGGGAGAGAGUGAAAAUCAAGCUUUGUGUAAUAUUUAUGGUAAGUCUAGUUGUCCGGAAAUGACCAACGAAGCGUAUACGGUGGUAACGUACCACAGCAAAAAUCCGUUCUUUUACGACGAAAUUAAAAUGAAGUUGCCGGCGGCCUUGUCGGAUAAUCAUCAUCUAUUAUUUACUUUUUAUCACAUUUCGUGCCAGAAGAAGGUGGAGCAGUCGUCUGUUGACACUCCAGUGGGAUAUACAUGGCUUCCUUUGAUUCGUGAUGGUAGAUUAAUCUCUGGAGAGUUUUGUUUACCAGUUAUGUUAGAAACACCCCCUAAGAAUUACAGUUAUAUACCCCCUGAUGUUUAUCUACCUGGUACAAAGUGGCUGGAUAAUCAUAAAGGACUGUUCACUGUGCAUCUAGAUUCAGUUUCGUCAGUGCAUACACAUGAUCCAGCAGUUGAACGAUUUUUAUCUGCCUAUGACUAUGUUCACACUGGUGUUAUACCACCAAGGCUGGGCGAAGCUGGACUCGAAAACGAAUUACGAGCUGCACUGUUAAGUUUAGCGGGCGCUAAACCAGAAGCAAUCGUAAAAAAUCUCCCCCUAAUCUUUGACAGCAUCUUAGAACUUUUAGUUCAGCCUCCAAGAAUCUCAGGUCAUACGUUAAACAUUGGCCAGACGACAUUUGAAGCCUUCUGUUUACUUUUAGAAAACAUCUCGAAACUUGACCUACCCGUCGAUCAACACUCUCGCAACACACUGUUAACCACAUACAUCCACUACCAAUGCAAUCUGCCCCAUCCUUUAUCAACCAGCAAUCACAGUUCACCCGAAUGGGAGGAAGGCACCUCUUUAACUCGUAGCAACUCAAACCCCGACCUAGAGGUCGCCCAUUUACAACAAAACCGAGGUUUAGAUAGAGCCGCUAGCAUGAGAGCUCCAAACAACGAUCAAAUCAGCUCGAGCAUUAACGCUUGCCAAAGAAUAGUCCAUCACGAAAUCGCCUUACAGUGGGUGGUUUCCAGCGGUAGAAUUAAAGACCUCGCGAUGCAAAAUGCGUGGUUUUUGUUCGAAUUGAUCAUCAAAAGCAUGGUGGAGCAUCUAGCUCACACCAGGAGUUUAGAGUCUCCAAGGAAAUUGCGUUUCUCUGAACAAUUCCUCGACGAUAUAUUCUCUCUGGUUCAUACGAUCACUGCUGAGAUAAUUUCACAUUCUACGAGCGAUAUUAGAAGGGCACAUACACUGAAUGCUGCUUUGGCGUUUUUCUUCUUUGAUUUGUUGUCGAUCUGUGAUAGAGGUGCGGUGUUUAAUGCGAUACGGUACUACAAUAAGCAACUGCAAGCGAAGAUAAUGUCAAUGCAAGACGCCGCUGUAUUGGUGGAAUUGAAGUUGGAGUGUGCAAGGAUUGUGUGUAGUCAUGAGCAUUACGUAGCGCUGAAUUUACCUUUUGCGACUCCGUUUAUGGUCACUGGACCAUCAGUUUCACCGAGUCCGAGUGUUACUAGUUCGACUAGCCAGAAUUCAUUUCUGUCAGGACCACCGGCUAGCCAGGAAAGGGUUAGCACGUUUGCUGAACUAUCACCGGAGUAUAGGCAGCAUCAUUACUUGACAGGAAUUGUACUGAACGACGUUACCAGCAUUCUUUUGGAUAUGAACAAACCCAAUCUUCACAUUAAAGCCGUCGACACAAUAAAGUCGUUAUUAUCCUGGCACGAUAGCGACCCACGUUACUCAACUCCAGAGGCGCGCAGGCGCGUAGCCGCUCUCUACUUACCCCUUCUAUCAAUAGCAAUGGAUGUACUACCUCUUCUUCAUCGCUGGUCUUCCGACAAAAGUGACCGCUAUCCAACCGAUGAAGAACCUAACAUUAACCAAACCGUGGCACUUGCCAUCGCUGGUAAAGUGUCUCCAGUCACCUGCGACAACCUACAAUCGAACCGCAAAUCCGGUAUUAGUGCCGAAGUAACCCGAAACCUCCUCACUUGCGUUCUAUGGGUGUUGAAAAAUGUGGAACGCGAGUCUUUAUCGCAGUGGCUGGGCGAACUGACCUCUUCAAAACUAGCGACUCUUUUACACUUACUAGACGCUUGUACUAGUUGCUUUGAGUAUAGACCCAGGCGCAGAGCGCCUCCGCCGUCUGGUUAUGCGCAUGCGCAGGUCUCCCAAGACGGGUUAUCUUUGUUGGAAGAUGUGAUUUUAGGCCAGGGUUCUGCAAGGGAGAUGAUGCAGAGGAGGAAGGGCGGAAUUCAGAAUCCUGGUUCGAGCGAGACGAAGUUGAGGUGGAGGAAGGAGCAGAUGGCGGCGUAUAGGCCGAUAGCGGAUGUGGUUGAUAGGCCGAAGGAGGAUUUGUUCAAUGAUGUUCAUUUGGAGGGGCAUUUUGCCACAGAGGCGUCUUUUAUUAUUCUAGAUACUUUGGAGCGGUGUGUGGCGACGGUUGCCCAGUGGGAUUCGCAGCAGUGCUUGGUUGGGUUGGCUUUGACUGUUCUGUUACAUGCGUUGAGCAAAAAUCAGAGUACGACUAUUUUACCGCAUUUGUUUGCGUCGCAGAGAAGUCUGGUUUUCAAGUUCCACAGCGCGUUAUUCGAUGAAGAAAGCACCCACUGCGCUGACCUUUGCCUCUUGCUCCUGAAGCACUGCGGCUCACAGAUCGCCUCCGUGCGCUCCCAAGCCGCCGCCUCUUUGUACUUACUAAUGCGACAAACCUUCCAAAUCGGAAACAACUUCGCCCGCGUUAAAAUGCAAGUCACAAUGUCGCUGAGUAGCCUGGUGGGAACUUCAGCCUCCUUCAGCGACGAAUCUCUCCGUCGAUCCCUCAAGACCAUCCUCGAAUACGGCGAAAGAGACGCGGAGCUUCAGGAAACCACGUUCCCGGAACAAGUGCGCGAUUUGGUGUUUAAUCUCCACAUGAUCCUGUCUGAUACGGUGAAAAUGAAAGAGUUCCAAGAGGAUCCCGAGAUGCUUCUGGAUUUGAUGUAUCGCAUUGCGAAGGGGUAUCAGAAUUCGCCGGACUUGAGGCUGACUUGGCUGGAGAACAUGGCCCAGAAGCAUAUGGAGAGGAGUAAUCAUUGUGAGGCGGGAAUGUGUUUAGUGCAUUCGGCGGCUUUAGUUGCGGAGUAUUUGGUUAUGUCGGAGUCGUCGCCUCAUUUACCUGCAGGGGCAGCUGCUUUGGAAAGAGUCAGUCCGAAUGUGUUGGAAGAGAGCGCCGUGUCGGAUGAUGUACUGAGUCCAGAGAAGGAAGGAGGGUGUUUGGGGUCGCAUUUUACUGAAGCUGGGUUAGUGGGGUUGUUGGAACAGGCGGCUAGUAGUUUUCACGUGGCUGCGAUGUAUGAGCCUAUGAAUGAUAUUUAUAGGGUUUUGAUUCCCAUUGGUGAGAAUAAUAGGGACUUCAAAAAGUUGGCUAAUAUACACGGCAAGUUACAUGAUGCCUACACGAGAAUCGAUCAAUUGCAAGGAAAGAGGAUGUUCGGUACUUACUUCCGCGUGGGUUUCUACGGUUCCAAGUUUGGUGAUUUGGAUAGAGAGGAGUUUAUUUACAAAGAACCUACUCUGACGAAAUUGCCGGAAAUUUUCAGUCGUUUAGAAAACUUUUACGCAGAACGAUUUGGGCCUGAAAAUGUGAUAAUAAUUAAAGAUUCCAAUAUUGUCGAUAUUAGCGCCUUAGAUCCCGAAAAGGCCUACAUACAGAUAACCUACGUGGAGCCGUAUUUUGAACAAUAUGAACUAAGAUAUCGUCAAACCCAUUUUGAUAGAAACUUCAAUAUUAAGAGAUUUGUGUACGCAACUCCUUUCACAAUGACUGGAAAAGCACAUGGAGAAUUACGCGACCAAUACAAACGAAAGACAAUCUUAACCACUGCAGUUCACUUCCCAUAUGUUAAAACGCGCAUUCAAGUCGUCAACAGAGUUCAAGUAACUUUAACUCCCAUAGAGGUGGCAAUUGAAGAUAUUCAGAAGAAAACGACAGAGUUGGCUGCGGCUACUCAGCAGGAACCACCUGAUCCCAAAAUUUUGCAAAUGGUGUUACAGGGGUGUAUUGGUACAACGGUAAAUCAAGGUCCACUGGAAAUGGCCUUGACAUUUUUACCCAGCGAUGGUAAAGCGUUGACAAAACACCAGAAUAAACUGAGGCUGUGCUUUAAAGAUUUUUGUAAAAAAUGUUUUGAUGCCUUAAAGAAAAAUAGAAACCUGAUUGGACCAGACCAAAGAGAUUACCAAAGAGAGCUUGACAGGAAUUAUAAGCGGUUUACUGAGAAACUGCAACCGUUAGUUAAUCCCCAAAAUAUAACCAUAGUUUCUGCAAGCCCCCACAAGUACCCCAGUAGUGAGUCAACAUAUUUACGAUGGUAGAAUGUGAAAUUCACACUUAUUUAUUAAAUCAGUAUAACUUCAAGUAUUGUACAGGAUCUUAAUUUUAUCAAGUAACGUCAAUUCAAUGUAAACAACGCUUUCAAUGGAACAAAUAUGAAGUUAGCUUCUAGGAUAAUAAAGUACUUUUGUAUCAUUAUAAAAAUAGAUUAAGGUACUCAUUUGUAUAUCAAAUUACACAAAAAUAAAUAUUACCUAGUAGUUCA